UCGUCGUAUCCGGUUCUCGACCAGUUAACAGUGAAAACAUUCAGGUUUUGAUCAACACUAAUGGAGAGAACAGGAGUUUGUGAAAUUGAUCUGGAGAGCACAAUAGUUGAAGGAAGUGAUUCUCCACCUGACCUGGACAGCCCGUAUCAGGAAGAAGUUGCAGGGUUUCAUGUAGGUUUGUGCUGCACUGAGGAAGAGACGGACCAAACUUCGGGCAGAGAGGACAGUCCCAACAACUUGGUGGAGGCUGAACUUGAGCUCAAAGGAGAUGCUAAGACUGGAGAGGACAAGGCUUUUGGGAAGGAGGUCACUCUUUUGAUGCAAGCACUGAACACUUUAGCAACUCCUGAAGAGAAACUUGCUGCUCUAUGCAAGAAAUAUGCAGACCUGCUGGAAGAGAGUCGAUGCAUGCAGAAACAACUGAAAGCCCUGCAGAAAAAGCAGUCUCAGAUUGUAAAAGAGAAGAUCCACUUACAAGGGGAGCACAGCAAGGCCAUCCUGGCCCGCAGUAAACUGGAGAGUCUUUGCAGGGAGUUGCAGAGACACAAUAAGACACUGAAGGAGGAGAACGCUCAGCGGUCCAGGGAGUACGAAGAGCAGAGGAAAGAGGCCAUGCUACAUUUUCAGAUGACCUUGGGUGAUAUUGAAGUGCAGAUGGAACAACACAGUUCACACAACACCAAGCUGAGGCAGGAGAACAUGGAGCUGGCCGAGAAGCUUAAAAAGCUUAUUGAGCAGUAUGAGCUCAGAGAAGAGCACAUUGAUAAAGUGUUCAAGCACAAGGAACUGCAGCAGCAGCUGAUGGAUGCCAAGCUGCAGAGAAUUACUGAAAUGAUGAAAGAAGUUGAGGAGAAGCAGCAGCGAGAGAGGGAGUUUCUGCUAAAGGAUGCCACAGAGUCUAGACGCAAAUGUGAGAUGAUGAAAGAGCAAGAAACACAGCUCAAACAGCAACUUUCUCUGUAUAUGGACAAGUUUGAGGAGUUUCAAAGCACUUUGGCCAAAAGCAAUGAAGUCUUCUCAACCUUCAGACAAGAAAUGGAGAAGAUGACUAAGAAGAUCAAGAAGCUGGAGAAGGAAACCACGCAGUGGAGGACCAAAUGGGAGAGUAAUAACCAGGCCCUGCUACAGAUGGCAGAGGAGAAAACUCUGCGUGACGGCCACUUCAAGGCUUUGCAAGGGAAGCUGGAGCUGCUGGAGCGGCUAUGCAGAGCUCUACAGAAAGAGAGGAACGACCUCAACAACCAACUCAGUCUCCUUCAGGAGCGGGGAAACAAAGGGAUUAUGUCAUCUCCUGAAGCUCAAGAGCAGGACCCUUCAGCUGUGGAGAAGGAGGAAGUGGAGGAAGAACAAAAAGAUGAGGAUUUGAGACAGGCUGAGAAGCUGGAGACUGGCUGCAUACAGUAAGUUCUCUGCCUGAAAUGGAGCCCACACUGAGAAAACCUGCUGCUGCAGCAACAUGCCAGCCUGCGGAAACACCAGCUACAUCGUAGCAUUGAUGGAGGUGGAGAACGUGUGUGAUGGGAGGCCACAAUACAGUUCUGGCAUAGUUAAAAAAAAAAAAAAAACUAUAUUGAAAAGAAAUAAUCAAUGGAGAUGAAUAUUUGCUAUUCUUUUUUAAUUCCAGGUUGUUUUUUUUUUGUUCAACAGAAAGUCGACCCAUAUCUUUUUGUAUGUUAAUGUCUCAAUAAGAUGAUUUUAAAUAAAGAUAACAUUCUAAAACUUCCCAUAUUUACAUUGGUUGUAAUAGUCAGGUUUUUAGCAAGUACGUAUUACUCCCUGUUUUCUGAUGUAACGAUUUUCACAGCAUGCUUUCUUAAUGCGAUCACUGCCUACUUUGUUACAUAUCUCUUGGUGAAUUCAGAAGUGGGUAAAACACAUAUAUGUCGUCACUUUGUUGACAAGGCAGGAUUAAUUCUUCUGUGAUCUCAAAAACUGAAAGAGAAAAUGCACUGGGGUGGAUUGGGUGUAAUUGUGCAGAAUUGGAGAUUCGGACAGUCAAGGUGUUUGAUUUAUUAUUAUUCCCCCCAUCAAAACUAAGAUGUGGUGCAUUUUGUUUGUUUUGUUUUUUUUCUUCUAAAUCUUGAUUGAAGUUGGGUAGCGUUGACAUCUUGUGGGACAGGUAGUGUGCUUAUUAUUAUUUUUUUUUUAAAUUAGGGGUCUGAGUAGUGAGGCUGCUGGAACCCAAUACAUAACAAAUUCUCAUGGAAUUUAUCAUUUAUCUAAUGCUGAUUCUGAUUUAAUAGUUAAAAGGAUUUUGACCAAUAUGUUUCAAAGUUGCAUACUACUAAAUUUGUAGGUGUGGUCAAAAGUUACGUUUGGUCUCGUGUUUUGUGAUACAACGAUCCAAACUUGUCAAAAUUUGGCACUGAAGAUCAGUAAUUAUUUUGAUCAGUAAGAGAUUCUUUGGAGGCACACAAAAUGUAUUGAAAUUUCAUCAAUUGUGGCCAUUACAUGUAUGUCAAUAGAAAAUGCAUGAGAUAAAAAUCAGAAAUUUGGAAUACCCAUAUGAUGCUCCAGUUUUAAGCAAUACAUAAAGUGAACAUUGACUGACUUUUCAAAAUGGCUACGUAUCAGCCUGUCAAAUUUCGGAAAACAAUUAUUGCAAAUGUGAAAGAUUGAUGUUCAUGAAACUCAUUGGCAUUUAGAAAGAAUGAUCCAUAUUUGAAACAAAUUUUACCAACACAAACAAAUUUUACCAGUAUGCUACAAAGGUUUACCUUUUGUCUAAUGUGAAGAACCAUGUAGACUUGGACGAAUGUUUUUUCAGGUUUCAUUCCUUUGAAGCUCUCAAAUCGUUAACAUACAGUAAUACUAUUUCUGGCAUAAGCACUGUCCCACCAUGAGGGAAAAAACUAAGUGAAAGUAAAAGAAACUAGUCCUUUCAUCCGAUAUUCACAUGGCAUUACACAAAUUCUCAAAUCUACAAACAAUGAUGAUGAUAAAUUGUUAAAAUAAUUUUUAUUCAAACAAUUUAGAAGUUACAUGCUAAUGGAAUUUGUGCCUGCAACACUUUUUGGGAUGCAUCUUGUAACAGAAAUUAUUAAAAAUUAACAAAAUGGGGUUAUGACAAUCUGUAUAUGAUUCUUUGGAAGCACAUCCAGUUUUGUAAAAUUGUAUCCUUUAGUGUUCAUCAGAUUAGCCUGUUAGAUCAAAACUAGUCAUAAACAAAUCUUUACAGUCUGUCUGCAGUGAGCAGUUAGUUCUUUCUUUUGUUCAGUGACACCUUAUGAAGGUAAAUUGUUUCUUUACCUUCUCCCACCUGUUAGGUGUGCCAGCCUCAGGUAGCAUAUUAAACAUAUGUCCAGAAAGCUUGAGAGUGUCAUAUAAAUCACAACUAAUAAAACGUGUGGUGGGACUCGUGGCUGCUACAGUGAGUUGAGUUCUAUAAGUCGUUUUGUUUUCUUUGUGCUUUUCCUGCAAAAAGAGAUGCUAGAAAUUUUAGAGUUGAUUUGAAUUUUUGUUUUAACGUCAGUAUUUGGUAGUUGACAAGAAAAAGUAACUUAAAAGUUGAACUUGUUCAGUUGGAUCAGGUGCUCUUUAUAAUUUACUCUGAGCAUAUGCAUAGCUUUUUGCUUUUUUAUUUUUUAAUUCCCUAACAAUAAUUCCAAUAUCUUACUAGGUUAGAAAACAAUUUAAAUUGUGUUCUUUCUUAUUCACACCCCAAUGAAAAGGGUGCAUUUUGUGUAACAAUUAGAUACACAAAUGUAUUUCAUGAGAAAGGAUAUUUGUUGUCCUCUUCAGUCUUCUUUGUCAAGCUUCUCCCCAUCCGAUUUAACACAGGUAAAUUAAUGUCAAUUUUAAAAGAGAACUCAGGGUUAUGUUUUAUAUAAAAACCUUUUUUUUCCAGCAGUGUUGGUUGAGCAACUAGCAUUGAAAUCGUAAAGAUUAGAACCUUUAACUUUGACUUGAGAAUUUUCCUUGCCAUCUCAAUGUUUUUUUUUUUGUUUUUGUUUUUGUUUUCAUAACAACAUGGUUUGAAGUUGUUUGAAACAAUUCUACCAUCACUGUUGUCUGGGGGACAUUGUGACAUUAAGUCAUUAUCAUUAUGCUUCCACAUAAUGAAUUAAUAACUGGUAACUCCCAGCUUUAAAUAAUAAUGUAAGAUAUACAAAAAUAAAUACAUUUAAAAUUUUAGCGACAGUACAGUAGGAACAGUGAAAUGGAUGAUAAAGUGAAGUUCAGUGCAAGGCUCAGUCCUCAAUUGCACUUUCAGACUAUGUGUAGGGCUAAAAACCGAUUGAAUAGCUCUGUUGGAAAAAGCAGAUUUUCAGUCUGGUGGUCUUGGCUUUUUUUGUUUUUGUAGAAUGAUGCAUCCGAAGACAGUUCAACACCAAGACAAAAAUGUAAACAGCUGAAAGUGUAAUGAUGUCGGUUAAGAAAAAGAUUUUCAUGUCCAUAUUUUGAGCUCAGCAGGUACAAAAAAUACAAAUAAUGAUGGGAUGUCAUUUAUAAAAUACUUAAGACAUUUUAAAUGUGUUAUGUUUUCUAAUUAAUAACAUGUUUAUCAUAAAUUCACAUUAGUAACUAUAACAUAAGGAAAAGUUGUGUAUUUGAAAACUCGAUGUAUACAUGAUAUGUUGAAUGUAAGAAAUAAGGUGAAAUCAAGUUCUACAUUUUGCUGAACAUUAUGCUGUAGCAGUAAUGAUAGUUUCUACAUUAUUUUGAGUUGUAAAGAUUAAAUCCACUUAAGUCAUAGUUCAUAUACUUGCAUCAUGGCACAUUUUCUGGUAAUUUUUUUUUCUUUUGGUGCACCUUUGUCAAGUCUGUAACCUGGUUCGCUCCAAUAGCUCCGAAUGCAACUACUUUUAUAGAAUGCAUCCCUUAUCUUGAAUAGAGCACCAACUUGAUGAUUGUACUGCAAGGGACUGAUGAUGAUUACUAUUUAUAUCUGAUUGAGAACCAAAUAUAAAAAUAAGAUGUAAUCAGAAGACUAAAAAAAGAUUUAUCUGUUGGACAACAGUGAAUGUGUGAAAUGACAUGCCAUAUGAUUUUAAUGAGACUAGCCUUUUAAAAUGGCUCUUCACAUGAUGUGCCAAUGUAAAACUGGAUGAUAGAGGAGGAGUAUAUAGUUUUUUUUAUGAUUAAGUCAUGAAAAAGUCAGCACAAUCCUUUUCCUCGUUCUCUUUUCCCAGACUGACACUUGAUAAGGUCAGAAGCUACCUCUACCGGCGAGACUGUGAAAGGGAGGGCAUGAGUGCUAGAGCUUUGGAGUGCUUUAUUUUUUUUACUAAAAACAAAAAAGGUAUCCACCUGCUUAACUGUUUAAUGGUAAUAUAGUAAUGUCUUGCUCUUGAAUAAAUAUUUUGUAGGAUUUGCAAAAACUGGAUAAUUCUCCUGUCUUGCAUUUUCCUCUCCAGUGCAAGAAAAAGAGUGAAAAGGACUGAUCUGUAUAUGCAGCGUGUCAGUGUUUGAGCCAAUCAUCUUGGAGGAAAACGUGUUUUUCACAAAAUGUAAACGUUGAUAUAUUUUUCUAUAUUUAAUUUCCAAAAGCUUUAAUGUAGUUUCUGAUUACACAAAAUACUGCCAUUUGAGAGAAAAAAAAAACAUGCAUAUUUGAUAAGACAACCAAAGUCCCUAAAUGUAUGUACCUUAUGAAACAGUAGAGCAUCUUUUUAAAAUUUGAGACAGUUUAACAUAAUAUAACAUAGGCCACAAGUGCUCAACAUUAUGUGGAGGGAUCAGAUAAUCAUAUAAUAUUGUGCAUGUUUCAGGGAAGUCUAUCUUGGGAAUUGCUGCCCAUAUGCUCCCAAAACCUAGUUAUUUUCUUUUUCAUGAGACUAGAGUCUUAUGUGUACAUAAUUUACAGCAACCACAUAAAGAAAAUGUUACAUUUUAUCUAAUUUUCCAAUGCCCUUUCUCAUCAAAAAAACAAACAAAAAAAACCACAUACAAUAGAACCAAAUUAUAAAGAAAACAUCUUAACCUUGACCAAAGUAUGGUGUAAGCAUGGUAAUACCAAACCCAACCUCUUUGCAAACUUGGAAAACUGAUUUUUGGAAGUGAAAUACUACGAAACUGUAUGUAAACUUAUGACCUUGUAGAAAGUAAUAUAAAAUUCUCUAGGAAA